AUGGCUGCGGCAAACAACGGAUCAAACACAACUAGGACCUUUACAAAUCAGUUCGUACAACCGGCUUGGCGCAUCGUGCUAUGGUCGGUCGCGUACAGCCUUGUGCUCGCCGUAGCGGUUUUUGGGAACCUGAUAGUGAUUUGGAUCGUAUUAGCGCACAAGAGGAUGCGAACCGUGACAAACUACUUUUUACUCAACUUGGCUUUCUCUGACGCCUUAAUGGCCGCGUUCAACACGUUGAUUAAUUUCAUAUACGCUGCUCACGGCAAUUGGUACUUUGGAGAAUCAUACUGCAAGUUCCACAACUUUUUCCCUGUCACAGCAGUGUUUUCAAGCAUAUAUUCAAUGUGCGCAAUCGCAGUCGACAGGUACAUGGCCAUCAUCCACCCGCUGAAACCACGGCUGUCAGCUACAGCUACCAAGGUGGUGAUUGUGUGUAUCUGGGCGCUGGCCGUGGUGCUGGCCUUCCCCCUCUGCUUCAACUCCACCAUCCGUAUCCUUCCCCGCCGGACCAUAUGCUACGUGGCCUGGCCCCGGCCAUCGGAUGACUCCUUCAUGUAUCAUAUCAUUGUGACGGUUCUGGUGUAUGUGCUGCCCCUAGUGGUGAUGGGUAUCACCUACACCAUUGUGGGGGUGACGCUGUGGGGAGGAGAGAUCCCAGGGGAAGCAUCAGACAACUACCACAGCCAGCUCACAGCCAAGAGGAAGGUGGUGAAGAUGAUGAUCAUUGUGGUGGUGACUUUCACCCUCUGCUGGCUGCCGUACCACGUCUACUUCAUUGCGACGGGCCUCAACAAGGCUCUGAUGAGGUGGAAGUCCAUCCAGCAGGUCUACCUGUCAGUGCUGUGGCUGGCCAUGAGCUCCACCAUGUACAACCCCAUCAUCUACUGCUGCCUCAACAGCAGGUAG